AUGUGCAGACAAAUCAGCAGUAGUGAAAGUCUUCCAGAUGCAGAGAUUGUGGAGUUUGAGGAGUCAAAUAUUAUCGUACCUCAAGAAAGCGACGAUAAUUUUCUACUUGAAGGCAGUCCAGAACCACACUCUGUGACAUGGCUCGAUGAUGAUCAGAUCGAUGAAUUAGAUAUAAAUUUAGACCAAAAUAACCUAUUUUUUCAUAGAGUUGAUAGUGCAGAUAUAAUUUAUAGAAAUAAAAAGAAAAAAUGUAAAAUGGUAGGAAAAUACGUCAUGGGCGACGUGUUAGGUGAAGGUUCAUAUGGAAAAGUGAAGGAAAUGUUGGAUUCAGAGUCACUGUGUAGGCGAGCUGUUAAAAUACUAAAGAAGAGGAAGCUUCGACGGAUACCAAAUGGUGAACAGAAUGUACAGAAAGAGAUACAGCUACUGCGAAUACUUAGACACAAAAAUGUGAUAGAACUAGUCGAUGUUAUGUAUAAUGAUGAAAAACAAAAGAUGUAUCUAGUUAUGGAAUUUUGUGUAGGUGUUCUUCAGGAUAUGUUGGAGUCAAGCCCAGGAAAAAAGUUUCCUCAAAGACAAGCACAUGAUUACUUCACACAGCUACUUGAUGGCUUAGAAUAUCUUCACGGACAAGGAGUGGUCCACAAGGAUAUAAAACCUGGAAAUUUACUCUUGACUCUUGAUCAAACACUUAAAAUAACAGAUUUUGGUGUUGCUGAAGCCUUAGAUAUGUUUUCACCAGAAGACACUUGCUAUACAGGACAGGGCUCACCAGCCUUUCAACCUCCAGAGAUUGCAAAUGGAGCUGAGCAGUUUUCGGGAACUAAAGUGGAUAUAUGGAGCAGUGGAGUUACAUUAUACAAUAUGACUACGGGCCGUUACCCGUUCGAGGGCGACAACGUGUUCCGGUUGCUGGAAGCCAUCGGGCGCGGCGAACCGGCGCCGCCGCCGCACUGCGUGGGGCCUGCGCUGCGCGCGCUGCUCGCCGACAUGCUCAGCCGCGACCCGGCGCUCCGGCCCGACGUGCACCACAUCCGGAGACAUGCUUGGGUGCAAGCUGUACCCCCUUUGGAAGCAGGUGAGCGACUGGUGAACCCACGCUCGCGACGCUCCGACGAACACCAUAACUCCACUGUCAUACCGUACCUAGUCGAACGCCAUUACGCAUCCGCGCAAGAAUAUUUCACCGAGAGGGACCUGAGGCAUGAAUUGGGUGAUAAUGGAUCAAGAACUAUGUCAACGGCCGAAUUAUCCGACGGCGAGUCUCAAUGCAAGAGGCGCUGGAACUCAUCUUGCGGACGAUUGCCGUCAUGCCGUCUAACGUGA